AUGGGCACCGGCUUCCUCCGGACGGAGCGAGCACCUCUGUCUCAGCGGCACUUUUGCGCCAGACAAGUAGGGACGGUCGUUCACACAGCACCCGAAGAAGACACAGGGUACCGGGAAUUACUGAGGUGUAUUUGCCGAAGAUCUCCUUUCCCAUUUGUAUCCCCAACACGCGAUUUUGCAAAGAUGAACGUUGGCUGCGUCAUCCUGGCGUGCACCUUACUUGCGGGCGCAUCCUCGGGGAGUAAGGCAGGCCAGCCCCUCAGAACCCCUUGCAGACCAGGCUUCUCCCAGAACUUCUACACAGUGAUCGUCUCGAGAGACAUACUGCACGGCCAGAGCAUUCUCAAAGAUACCACCCUGUCCAGUGAACGUGUGAAGUUUGAGGAUUGCCAGCGCAGCAGAGAGGUGGGCUUUGUCAGUAGCGACCCCAACUUCAGCGUGAGGCCCGAUGGGUCGGUGUACGCCGAGCAGGAGCUGGCCAACCUGUCAGAGCCCGUCCAGUUCAUGGUGACUGCCCGGGGGCUCCAUGACCCGCACAUCUGGGAGACCACUGUUAAGCUUGCCCUGGCCGGACAUCCUCAUCCACUGGCCCUGACAAAGGGUGGCAUUGAAGAAAUGCUGUCAAGAGUGUGGGACUCCCAACCCAGAGUUAUCAAGUUCCCCAGGAAACACCAGAGGAGCUCCUCGGCCAAUGGGCUGAGGCGACAGAAGAGAGACUGGGUCAUCCCGCCUAUCAACGUGCCGGAAAACUCCCGAGGACCCUUCCCUCACAUGCUUGUCAGAAUCCGCUCAGAUCAGGACAAGGACGUUGGCAUCCGCUACAGCAUCACAGGAGCAGGAGCUGAUCAGCCCCCGAGUGGGAUCUACAACAUAGACCCCAUCAGCGGCAACAUGUUUGUCACCCAACCCCUGGACAGAGAGGAGAGAGCCUCGUUCCAUCUGCGAGCCCAUGCAGUGGACAUGAAUGGUAACCAGGUAGAGAACCCGAUCGAUCUGUACAUCUACGUGAUUGACAUGAACGACAACAGACCCGAGUUUCAGAACCAGGUGUACAACGGCUCCGUGGCUGAAGGAUCCAAACCAGGCUCGUCCGUGAUGCAGGUGACAGCCACCGACUCGGAUGACUCCACCACAGCUAACGGCAUGGUGCGCUACCGCAUUCUCUCGCAGACGCCCCACAGCCCAAUCCCCAACAUGUUCACCAUCAACAGCGAGACUGGAGACAUAGUGACGGUGGCAGCCGGCCUGGACAGAGAGAAAGUGUCCCAGUACACCAUCAUUGUCCAGGCUACUGACAUGGAGGGCAACUUAAACUUUGGCUUGUCCAACACAGCCACAGCCCUCAUCAGCAUUACUGACAUCAAUGACAAUCCUCCAGAGCUGACAGUCCGAACGUUUUCAGGGGAGGUGCCAGAGAACAAGGUGAAUGUGGUGGUGACCAACCUGACAGUGGUGGACAGGGAUCAGCCCCACAGUCCCAACUGGAACGCCGUCUACCGCAUCGUCAGCGGAGACCCUUCUGGACACUUCACCAUCCGCACCAACCCCAUCACCAAUGAGGGCAUGCUGACAGUGGUCAAGCCGGUGGAUUUUGAGAUGAAUCGUGCCUUCAUGCUUACCGUCGUGGUUUCCAACCAGGCCCACCUGGCCAGCGGCAUCCAGUCCUCGCUUCAGUCCACAGCGGGAGUCACCAUCUCGGUUCAGGAUGUUAACGAGCCGCCCGUUUUCCCUGUCAACCCCAAGAUGAUCCGCUUCGAGGAGGGUGUGCCAGCAGGGACUACUCUCACCGUGUUUGCCGCUCAGGACCCUGACCACUUCAUCCACCAGAUUGUCAGGUACUCCAAGCUGUCAGACCCAGCUAACUGGCUGAAGAUCAACAGGACCAAUGGUCAGAUCACCACCAUGGCCCUACUGGACCGAGAGUCCAUGUACGUCAAAAACAACGUGUACGAGGCCACAUUCCUAGCAUUCGACAAUGGUAAGUCCGGCGCCCCUCAAGCCAGUGGGACAGGAACCCUCCAGAUCUACCUGAUCGAUGUGAACGACAAUGCGCCGGUGCUGAUUCCCCGGGAGGCCCAGGUCUGCGAGCGUGCUCGCCCCAACUCCAGGAUCAACAUCACUGCCUCAGAUGCAGACGCUGACCCAAACGUAGGGCCCUUUGUCUUUGAGCUGCCUUCUUUUCCCGCCAGCGUUCGCCGCAACUGGACAAUCUCCAGACUCAGUGGUGACUAUGCUCAGCUGAGGUUAAGGAUUCCUUACCUGGAGGCGAGCGUGUACGAGAUCCCCAUCAUCGUGUCUGAUUCUGGGAACCCUCCUCUGUCCAACCGCUCUGUGAUUCGAGUCAAAGUUUGUCCCUGUGAUGAUAACGGGGACUGCAGUGCCACAGGCGCUGUGGCAGCCGCCGGCCUCGGCACCGGGGCUAUCAUCGCUAUACUCAUCUGCAUCAUCAUACUGCUCAGCAUGGUUCUGCUGUUUGUGGUGUGGAUGAAGCGUAGAGAGAAGGAGCGACAGGCAAAGCCCCUGCUGAUUGAUCCCGAGGACGACGUCAGAGACAACAUCCUCAAAUAUGAUGAGGAGGGAGGGGGAGAGGAGGACCAGGACUAUGACCUGAGCCAGCUGCAGCAGCCCGAGUCUUUAGACCACAUCAUCAAUAAGCCAGCAGGGGUGCGCAGGGUGGAUGAGAGACCUGUGAUUGCUGAGUCACAGUACCCCGUCAGACCCAGUCUGCCCCACCCUGGAGACAUAGGAGACUUCAUCAAUGACGGUCUGAGGGCAGCAGACAACGACCCCACGGCUCCUCCCUACGACUCCCUGCUGGUGUUUGACUACGAGGGCAGUGGUUCAACUGCCGGCUCUGUCAGCUCGCUCAACUCCACCAGCUCAGGGGACCAGGACUACGACUACCUCAACGACUGGGGCCCUCGCUUCAAGAAGCUGGCCGACCUCUACGGAGGAGGGGAUGAUGACUGA